AUUUGUUGGAGGGUUACACUUGUACAGUUUGUUUGUAAUCUGUAUCGUCUUCUUCCUCGACCGAGAACGACCACCGCGUAAAGAAAACGAUAGAAACGCUUGGAGAGAACACACCAGCGACGAGCACAAUACGUCGUCGGUUUCAUCGACCGCCGAUAAUGAUUUUACGGUAACCCUUUACUGGAACACCUUCCGUCCAUCGCCUGUCGGAGAUCGUCGCUGCCGGCGUCGUCGUUUCCAGAGGAAUGGACCCCAAUGAUUUUCAAGUUCAGAGAAUGGAGAGGAAGCAUAAAGGAAAGAACGUUGUAUGGUCUUUUGCAAUGGACAAGUGUCUAAUUGAAGCCCUUGCUGUCCAGGCUAGAAACGGGAAUAAAAUUGACAAGUGCUUUAAUGAAAAUGCUUAUUCAGCUGCUUGUGUAGCUGUCAACUCUCGUUUCAAUUUGUCUUUAAAUAACCAGAAAGUUGUUAAUCGUUUAAAGACUAUCAAAAAGAGGUACAAGGUAAUGAGGGAUGUGCUAAAUCAAGAUGGGUUCAUCUGGAAUCCAAAUACAAAGAUGAUUGAGUGUGACAAUGAUGAUAUAUGGAAGAGAUACAUAUCAGCACAUCCCGGUGCAAGGGGAUUCCGAGGAAGGCAGAUUGAGAUGUACGAUGAUUUGAAAGUUGUGUGUGGAAAUUAUCAGGCCCCUAGUCAUUGGGUUAGGCUGACAGGGAACACGAAUGGUAGCCGGCAAACUGAAUUCAGGAAUUACGAAGAAGAUUCUGCUUCAUUCCUUUCACCAAGUUCAGAAGAGUUGAGUGACACAGAUGGAACUGAGACAGAGUCAUCUACCCAACAGGCCGAGUAUUCACAGAUGCCAGGUGCCAGUCAAGAAGUUCCCUUGAUCCCUCCUCGGAAACAAGUUCCAAAACGCCCUCGAGCCUCAGAGGCUCUUCAGGAUGCAAUGUUAGCUGUUGCAUCAAGCAUCCGACACUUGGCUGAUGCAUUUGAACAAAGUAAGAACACAAUUGAUGCCCCUCAACUUCUACAAGCUGUGAUGGAAAUUGACGGCUUGGAAGAGGCUAGGCAAAUGUAUGCUUUUGAGUACUUAAAUGCUGACCCAAUCAAAGCCAGAGCAUUCAUGACUUACAAUGCCCGAAUGAGGAAAAUAUAUUUAUUCCGGCAGUUCUGGUGGUGGAAGUGAUUUUGCCAUUGAAUGAACACAUGGGACAUUCUGGUAUACAGCAGUCGAAUUACUGUUUCAGGCUCGUUUGGUGAAACUUUUAACUCAUUAUUCUUGUAGAUUUAAUUUAGUGGAAGUCGGGAGGUCAUGUCUCCCAUCUGAUGUUUGUACAGAUUCUGUUGGCAGAGUAAAUCGACGAUAAUUGUAUGAUCUUUUUGCCUCUUCUAGAAUGAAGAUCCGAUAGGAGGGAUAUGAAAAUGUAGGUUUUUUCUUUCUCUCGGAAAUGUUGACUUUGUCUACGUGGUAAGUACUCUACGUUUGGCAUUUAUUGAUGAAGUGUCUAAUUUUGCCCAUGUUGGGUUCACCACUUCUGUC